AUGGAAAUGCUAAUGGCAGUGAUGCCGAAAAUGGACAGACACAGUCAGGAAGAGCCUGACGUUUCAGACGGCACUAAUGUGCAACGCAUGAUUGAACAAGCUCAAAAUACUACUGAACAGGCUAAAGAGCCUAGUGUGCUUGAUGGCAUACAUGGAGAAAUGAAAACUGCUGAAACGGGCCCCAAGGUUAACGAUGACCUUGCUGAAAUGGUGAACGGACUUGUGCAGAAAGGUUUAUCAGAACAAAAACUCCAAGAUAAACUAAACAAGUAUCCAAGCCCAGAAAACUGUGAGGCAUUGUCCAAAGUGAGGGUAAAUCAGCUUAUUUGGGAUAAUUUACAACCAAAUACUAGGUCACAAGACCUUCGAUUUCAAAAAGUACAAAUGGCUUUGAUCAAAGGCAUGGCGGCAAUUGUUCGUGCCACUGAUACAGCGCUGGCACAUGUGACCACCUUGCCCGCGGGGAAGGAGAUUGUUGAAAGCAUGACUGAUGCUAUUGCUUUAUGUGCUCAUGCAAAUUCUGAGCUUAAUAUUUGUCGAAAAGAGUUGAUAAAACCUGACAUUCACAAAGAUUACAAGCAUUUGUGCUCGGCCUCAGUGCCUUCAUCUUCCUAG